GCAGGGAGGGAGGAAGGAGAGUCCAGGAAGGCUGGCGCUGCCAUGGCGCUCUUUCUCUGCGCGCUGCGGUCCCUGCUCGGCGUCUUCUUCGCGCUCACCGGCGCUGCCAAGCUCCUGCAGGUGUCAGCCCCCGUGUCACAACAGAUGAAAGCCUUGUUCGAGCAGUUUGCUGAGGUGUUUCCACUGAAGUUGUUCGGCUACCAGCCAGAUCCUAUAAACUACCAAAGAGCUGUGGGCUGGCUAGAACUGCUGGCUGGGUUGCUGCUGGUCGGGGGUCCACCUGUGCUACGGGCGAUCAGUAACCUGCUCUUGAUCCUGCUCAUGAUGGGGGCCGUCUUCACUUUGGUGGUUCUGCAAGAGUCGCUGAGCACAUACAUCCCAGCUGUUGUCUGUUUGGGGCUUCUGGUGCUGCUGGAUACCUGCCACUUCUUAGCUUGAACUGAAAAAAGUGGUCAGAUGUCCUAGCAAGAAGAUUCCCGGUGCACUGGGGAACCCUGGGAUCUGAGUCUUCCUGCCAUACAGUUACCACAGCAGGAGAAGUUGCAGCGCGGUGUCUAUCACUUUGUCAGGCCCGCAAGUCAUUCAGUGUAAAAGAGAGACUGUGUCCAAGCCUCCAUCUCCCCUAAUAGCCACGUUGCCCGGUUUUGAAGGGGGCAUUAACAUUCUUCAUGCCAUGCGGAAACAGGAAACAAGCAGAAAAGAAACCAAAACCACUUCCAAUUCUAAUAUCACACAAGCAACCAUUUCAGUGCUUUGGUGUUGACUGCACCUCUUGACUUGCUCUAUGAUGCAUGCAGAUGCUUAGUGUUUUAUUUAUUUUUUUAAUAAAAUGAGUAUAGCCCCCUUUAUUGCCUCUUGUUAAGAUCCAGUAUUCUUUAACAUUGCCGUCUUUUUGCUUUAUCAAUGUUAACGGCUUUAAGUACUCUAUUUUAGGAACGCAUGGAGCUAAGGAGGAAAAGUUGGCUGAGGUACUAGGAGCGCUUGCUGCUUUUGCAGAAGGCCAGGGUUCAGUUCCCAGCACCAUGGCAGCUCCCAACUGCCUCUAACUCCCGUUUCAGAGGAUCUGGUGCCCUCUUCUGGCCUCUUGGAGCACCAGCCAUGCAUAAGGUACAUCUAUAUCAACUAAUACAACGUGAAUAUAUAUAUAUACAUAUAUAUGAAAGCAAAACUUAUAAAUAUUUUUAAAGGAUGUGUUGUACUUACUCUACUUCCUCUGUCCAUGUUUCCUCCACCCCCGUGUGUGUUUGCGUGCGUGUGUGUGUGUGUGUGUAAAGCUCACAGUAAAACACCUGCAUAUUUCCUUUCCCCAGAAGAAAGGGUGCUUUUUCAAAAAGCAUGCACAUUGAAGUCUGCUUUAAACUUCACAAGUUCACGCUGUGGGGUGUAAGUGUCUGAUUCCUGCUCGUGCUCACCUGGGUCCCGUGAGAGAUUUCUUGCCAUUUCUCUCUUACACUGGCAGAGCACCUGCUAAAGUGAUGAGGCGUGACACUCGGCGCAGUGUCCCAUAACACCUCGGUGGAGGUGGGGGACAGCCAACUCCUGGUGAUACCCGGGGGCUCAACACUCUCUAAACCUGGUUGUCAGGGGGGAGGCGGGGAGAAACGGGAUGAAUGCUCAUGGGAAAAAUAUUAGGGCACCCAGUGUCACGUUCCCAGACCAUCUUUGCCUGAGUCUGCUGGAGUCCUUUCGGAAAGUGAUCAUUCUUCCAUGAGGGAAGAUAGUGAGGAAAAAGGAUUUGAGUUUUGCAGUUCUGGAGCCUUAACCCUCAGCAUCACAUAGGAUAGGCAAGCAGGGCACUCCUGAGCCUUACCCCUAGUUGUCUCUUCUGAGAAGAGGGCUCGCUGAGUUGCCUAGGCUGGCCUUGAACUUUGUAGCUUAAACAAGACUUGCACCUGAGUUCUCCUGCCUCAGCCCCUCCAGUAGUUGGGGUCACAGGCCUGCACUAGGGCCAGUUGGAAGGUUAACUGUGCACCUGUUUUUAGCUACCUGCCUGUAAGGUGCUUUGGGUCUAGGAAUAUCAGCUUUGGGGAACACACAGGUGAGGGUUGUGUUAGUCUAGCUCACGUUCAAUACGGAAUGGCAGUUCCCACCAUGCCCUCACUGGCAUGAAUCUCAGACUGAUAAUUCUUGGUGGAUCUUGUGUCCGGAAGCACAAUGAUGUUCUCCACCUGCAGCAAAGGUAGAGAGAGAGAGAGCGAUGGAUAGAUAGUUCAUAAAUUACAUGACUGUUACAUUAGGAGGGGGCUGACGGGCGGGGGAGUGGUGGCACAUGGCUUUAAUCCCAGCACUCAGGCAGGUGGAUCUCUCUGAGUUUAAGGCCACCCUGGUCUACAAUCCUCUCUCCAACCCACCUCCCUAAAAAUAGAGGGGGCUGAGAAGAUGGCUCUGGAGAAGGGCAGUUCCCACCAAGCCUGAUGACCCGUUUCACCCAGGACCUACAUACCUACAUAGAGCAGGCGCUAGCGACCAGAACGUCCAGAGAAUCUGGUGGUAGCAGAGCGAGAGGUUUAGGGUGGGACUUCUAGGAGCUAGAGCCAAGGUAGCUCUAGCUGACUUUGCCCUAGGAAAAACAGGUGCCCGGGAAGCUCAAAGGCAGAAAUUCAGAUUCCAGUGCUAGAAGAGACUGAAGUUGGGAACUGAGAGUAUAUGGAAGUGUCAAAAACAUGAAGAAGACACUGGCUUAUGCACUUCUGCCCCUUCGGGAGAAGGUGAGACUCCACCAGGGUAUUUGUGUGCAGUGCGUGUGUGGGUGCAGGUGUUCAUCUGUGUACGGCCUAGAGGGGACUGAGGCUGAUUUAGGAAGCCUCUUCCCAGUGUCAGCCAAGAUUCAGAGUUUUACUUGUUCUCUCAUCAAAUAUCCCCACAGGGUAGUUAAGCCUCCAUUUUACAGCAGCAGAGACAGACUCAGUGAGGCUGAGAAAUUAGCUCAGGGCUUCAUGGCAAAUAAACCGUGUGUGGCCAGAUUCCCAGGCCUGUGCCCUUGCUGCUGCUGCUGCUGCUGCUGCUGCUGCUGCUGCUGCUGCUGCUGCUUCUGCCUUUCUUCUUCUUACUCCUGCUCCUCUUCCUUCUUCUAUUUCUCAGGACAGGGUUUCUCUGUCUAUCCCUGGCUGGCCUGGAACUCACUCUGAAGACCAGGCCGGCCUUGAACUCGGAGAUCCUCCUGCCUUUGUCUCCCAGGUUUGUCUGGGAUUAAAGGCAUGUGCCACCACUACCUGGCCACAAUGUGGUCUUACAUCACAUAGCUGUGCCCCUACAUGUCUGACCUGUAGUCUAUGAGGGACCUCCAUCCUGCCAGUCAGUCAUCAGGUGGGAAAUAUCCAUGUUCUGUGGGACUCUUGCCUUUUUUUCAUUUUCCCACAGCUUGUCACCAAGAACUCUGUAAUACACCCUCUCCUCCAUGUCCCCAGCAGCAGGUGGGAACUUUUUUUUUGGGAGUGGGGGUGGGGGAAGAGGGUUGAGACCUGGUUUCUCUGUGUAGCCUUGGCUGUCCUAGACUUGCUUUGUAGACCAGGCUGGCCUCAAACUCACAGAGAUCCGCCUGCCUCUGCCUCCUGAGUGCUAGUAUUACAGGUAUGUGCCAUCAGGCCCGGCUAGGUGGGGACUCUUAUGGACUGCCUUGCCUCCAGAGUUCCCUCCUUGCCGGGACAGAGGAAAGGGACUGAGGUGGGGAUGGGUGUGAUGGGAAGUCUCUUGGUGGCUAGGUUUCCUGUGACCUCUCCCUCCGUUUAGGGGAAUGGGUGUUGGCAGCUGGCCCAGGGAUGAACUGGUUCUCACUGGCAGUGUACCUGCAAAGCUCACCAGCCUGUGCUGCUCGGCUCCUCAGUGGACAUCCUGCACACGCUCAGCCUGGCUACUGUCAAUCUACUGUGUAGAGGAAUUUUAAUCCAGUAACAUGGCUGCUCUGGCAAGGGACCACAUCCAAAGACCUAGGUCAGUGUGAUCCAGCUGGAAUACAGGCAUACCCUUAGUCCAGACCUUUAAUUCUUCUGAAUAGAAUCCCUCUGGCUGGAACAUAGACACGACAUACCUUUAAUCCCUUCGGCUGGAAUUUAGUACAGCCUUUAAUCCCAAACAAUGACAUCUAAUUGAGGGGCAGACAGUGAAAUCAGAGAAAGUUUUGACAGAAUGAGAUAGGAUAUGCCAGCCUUUCACAGCACAGACAGGAAGGAAAAGCUAGUGUUAAGAGUAGAGCAGAGAAAAAGAGAGACAGAUAAAGACAGAGCAAGCAGAGAGUUUGUGGAGACAGAGUUCCAGAGUACAGUGCAGUUCAGAUGUGCAUUUGAGUUUGUGCAGCUCAUUUCCCAGAGCUCAGGGGCAGUUUCCCCAGGCAGAGCAAUUCAGUGAGAAGCUGAGAGAAGCCAGUUCGAAUCAGUCAGCGUGGAGAGGAGUUUUGAGCCAGAACAGCUGAGCUGAACCAGCCAGGCAGAGUUCAGAAAGAACUAGAAAGCGUAAGUUUAUUCAGCAGUAAGUCUCGGGAGGCUGAAAGCAAUCUAGGCCUAGGUUAGCAGAUGAAGGCUAGAAGCUGUAGCCUUAAAGGUAUGGGCUUGCAGAAGAUUAUGUUGUAUGUAUGAUAGAAGGUUCCAGGCCCAGGCCUAGGGAUAGUUAAAUAGAAACACUCUGGGCCCAGCCCAAGCAAUAUAUUCAUAAAGCUUUCGUAUGGCUCUCAUCCCAUCCCAUCUGAGGAAAUAAAAACAACAUUUACACUAUUGCUUUGUGGUGCUACUGAUGGGAGAGAGACCUGGGCCACCUCUACCUCCUUAGUCUCCAAGCUAGGAAAGCUCUGACUUACUGCCUGCCAUCAUCAUCCUGCUAGGAUCCAGUGUAGAAGAAGCACUUCAGAAGGACUUGGAUUCCGAUUCUUUGUUUUUGUUUUGUUUGUUUUGUUGUUGCUAUUUUAGCUUUUGGAGACAGAGUCUGUCUACAUAGCCUUGGCUUUCCUGGAACUCACUAUGUAAGGCAGACUGGUCUUGAAAUCACAGAGAUCCACCUGCCUCUGCCUCCCAAGUGCUGGGGUUAAAGGUAUGCGCACCACCAUUCCCUGCUUAAAUGUCAACUCUUCAGUGAUUCCCUAACUAUCAGUGUAGUUGUGUGGCUGUGAAUGUUGGGUACAAACAAGAAUAAAAGCCUGGUGUCAUGGUAAAAGUUUAAAAUCCCAGUACUUAGGAGGCAGAGGCAGGAGACUUGUCCAGAGUCUACAGUGUGAAAGGACCUGUGGGCCUGGUGAUGGUGGCCCACACCUUUAAUCCCAGUAUUUGUGAGGCAGAAGCAGGUGGAUCUUUGUAAAUUCAAGGCCAGCCUGGUCUACAGAGUUCCAGAACAGCUUGGGCUACACAGAAAACCUUGUCUUGAAAAAACCAAAACCAACCACAAAAAACCCAAAACCAAACACAAAACAAGCAAGCAAGCAAGCAAACAAACAAGCAAACAAAAAACCAAAAAACCACAAUAACAAACCUAAACCGAAAACCAAGACAAAAAUUGGGGGAGGAAGAGGACCCCUACCAUUAACAAUGUCAACUUGAGGGCUGAUGAGAUAGCUCAGUAAGUGAAAGCACUUGCUGCCAAGCAUGACGCUUCAGUUUGAACCUUCAUGGUGGGAUGAGAGAACGAACUGCUUUAAGCUGUUCUCUAAACUCCACAGGAGCGUGGUGAUUUGUACACGUGUGCCUGCACGCGCACACACACACACACACAUACACACACACGAUACAUGUAAUGCAACAACAAACAGAAUCCCCAACAAAACCAAAAAGCAAGCACUGAAGGGGAGGCACGAACACCUGUAAUCCUAGCACUCUGGGAGACAGAGGCAGGCGGCUCUCUGAGAGUUCAAGGCUAGCCUGGUCUACAAAGUAAGUGUAGGACAGAAACCCUGACACACACACACACACAGAACUCAAGGGAAUGAAACAUUGAGUCCUGCAUGGUCCCUGGAGCUUUACCAGCAUUGGGGUAUAAGUGGUGUGCCAGUUGGCUUUGAUACCUCCUGGGAUAAAAUCUUUAAUGUGGCCUAGAGGGCCCUGCUUGAUCUGGCUCCUGCUUCUCUAGGGACCUCUUUUCCUGCCCUGUACCUCUGCAUCUCAUUUCCUGAGAUAGUCUCUGGAAAGUGCUGGAUUCCUACCCUUCCAGGACUUUUGCCCCUGAGUUGGUCUGAAAUAAUCUAUCUUCUUCAUUAAAAGAUAUCUCCUUUUCCAAGGUUCCUCUGAACUACUCUUUUUGUUUGUUUGUUUGUUUGUUUGUUUUUCUGAAACAGUUUCUCUGUUUUUCCCUGGCUGUCCUGGAGCUCGCUCUGUAAACCAUGCUGGCCUCAAACUCAGAGAAUCUUGUGCUUUCUGCCUCCCACCUGCUGCUAUUAAAUACAUUUGCCAGCAGGGUGUGGUGGCACAUCUCUGUAAUCCCAGCAGAGACAGGAGGAUCUCUGUGAGUUAAAGGCCAGCCUGGUCUACAAAGUGAGUCUAGGACAGUGAAGGCUACACAGAGAAACUCUGACUUGAAAAACAAAACAAACAAACAAAAGGCAUUUGCCACUACCAACUGGUCCAGAAUUAACUUUUAAAGGGAAACCUUUCUUGACUACCAACAUUCAUGUGCAUGCACGGAUGCACAAAACUGGAUCCAAUUUCAUUGCUUCUUCAUUGUUCUUUCUCAUAACUGUAAUUAAGUCAUUAACUGAGUAAUAGAUUUCCUUUCUCUCUUGUCAGAAUAUAUUCACAUCAAACCACAAGGAAUUACCAUUUUUGUGGACUCACAAACAUUGGAUAUUGACAACUGUAUUUUAAUUGAAUUCAACCUAAUAAAUCCUUUGUUUAUCUUG